AUGAGUGUCUCUGUUACGCUGAAUACGCCGCUGGCCGAUGCUUUGAACGAAGUGGUGCAGCCGAAGCUGGUCGAGCUUGGUUGGAGCACUGGCGGCGGAGACGACUCGGCGCUCGCGGAGUAUGUGAUACUGAUGCUUGUCAACGGGAAGACACAAGACCAGAUUUCUGCGGAGCUAGCAAACGACCUGCUCAGCCUGGGACCAGAGGAUACGGAGGCCGCGGAGUUUUCAAAAUGGUUGUUCGAUCAAGUCGAGACGCUGGACAGGCGGCUAAAUGGCGGCUCGAAGGAGAGGGCACAUCAGGAGCAACUCCCACAAGCGAUACCCUCUUUCUCAGAAGAAACGAACGGAAGUAAUGGGAAUGCGACGCCCACAGAUGUGCCCGUACCGCAGCAAGAUAUGGUUAUGGAUGAUGGAGUCGGCCCUGGAAUUGAUGCAUCUGUUCCAACCGGCCCUCGGAAUGCGCGGAAUCAAAAGCAAAAUGGUCGAGGCAGAGGAAUACUUGGUCAGCUUAGUCGUGCGAUGGACCGGUCCAACGAAUCCGUCCUUCACCGAGUUCGAAACCAGCAAGGAACCGAGAGGAUAAAUUCACAUCGAGAUAACUCCAGGGGUGGCAGAGGCAGUCGAGGCGGCCACAGGGCCUCAAUGGGGAGGCAGAUGGGUAGCAAUGUGCCGAUGGGGAUGGGAAUGGGAAUGAACAUGGGGAUGGGAAUGAAUCAUAACCAGAUGCAGAACAUGGGUCAACAAAACAUGAUGAACAUAACCCCACAACAGCAGAUGCAGAUGAUGUCAAUGUUUGAAGAGCAGGCACGGAUGAUGUCUCAGCUCAUACCCGGGUUCGUCGCUCCUGCGAUCAACCCAGCCUUCCAGAAUAGCCCUCCGCAACAGGCACAGGGCCGAUCACUAUUCGAACGCGCAGAGUUUCAACCCGGCCGACGGAACCAGCAGACUCCUCAGACUACAGCUGCCGAUGUCGAGAUGGACGGUUCUGAAAGUAAGCCGGCCGAAGAACAGCCAGCACGGGAAGUCCCUGGUCCAGACACAGUCUGCCGAUUCAAUCUUAGGUGCACGAACAAGGACUGUCCGUACGCUCAUCAAUCCCCGGCGGCGCCUGAAGGAGCCAGCGUGGAUGUGAGCGACAAUUGCCCAUACGGAGCCGCGUGUAAGAACCGGAAAUGCGUUGCCCGUCACCCGUCACCUGCCCAAAAGGCCGUCCACCAGGCAGAGGAGAUUUGUCGAUACUUUCCUCACUGCACAAACCCUAAAUGCACCUUUAAACACCCGAAUAUGCCACUUUGCAGGAACGGGGCGGACUGCUCGACCGAGGACUGCAAGUUCACGCAUCUCCAAACACCUUGCAGAUUCAACCCUUGCCUGAACCGAACCUGCCCGUACAAGCAUGUUGAAGGCCAGCGCGGAGCUUUCACCGACAAGGUCUGGCGUGCUGACGGUGCAAAGCCAGAGACGCCCCAUGUUAGCGAGAGAAAAUUCAUCAGUGACGAAGCUGGCGAAGAGGAGCUGAUCAAGCCCGGCUCAACUCCCUCGAAUGAUGCCGGAAUCAUCACCUAA